AAACAAACAGUGCUCACAAAUGAUUACUCCUCUGACUCAGUUUCUCUGUUUCUCACUCCUUUUGACCCUCUCUCUCUCUCUCUAGACUCCAGGUGCUGUUCUUAAUCCCCUGUACAGACAAACUCCCUCUAUCUAUAUAGAUAUAGAGUCACCCAAUAUUACCACACCAGAAUUCACCUCAGAAAAAUGUAAAGCUGCAAUGCAAAUUUAAGGAAAUGACACUUCUUCCAUUUACCUGAGGAAGUGACACACUUAGGCCUUUGCGGGCAAAUGGCUCAGCAAAUACAGCAGGACGAAGGAUGGCCUCUGGGAUUGCAGCCAAUGCAUGUGAGAAUUGGGCUGGCUGCUUCAAACCAUGAAUUUUCUGGGUCAGUUUCUUUCAACACUUUACUCACUGGUUCUCCAACUUCCUCCACUGAUUCAUCAUCAGAUCUGGACACAGAGUCCACAGGGUCUUUUUUCCAUGAUAGGAGCAUCACACUUGGGAGCCUUAUAGGAAUCAAUAGCAUUCUGGAGCUCUCAAGAAGAUCACUGAGAGGAAGAAAAUCCGAGCAUCAGGCUGGUAAGGACAGGAAGAUGAACAACACCACCACAACCACCACCAAGUUCAGAAUGUGUUUUUUCUCUUUAUGCUCUAAAGACAGUACAGACGGUGAGAAUGUGCGCCAUCAUCAGCCAUCUCUCGGCCACUUUCUUGCGGCAGAGAGACAAGCGGCCAAUGAAAGUUACAGAACAAACCCUCCAAUUUACGGACCAGAUGACGAGCUUGCCCUAGCUGAGCAUCAUCAGCCUGCUAGAGAAUCAAAUAACUCACUCUUUGUUGAUGGUCAAGUUGCUCCUCCUCAAUCUAGUCCAUGGUUUGGUUCAGAUCAUGUUGACCAAAGAAAAUCAAUGCUCUUUUCAUGCAUGUGUUGACAACUCUCUCUUUGGCCUAGCAUUAGGUGAAUGUCUCAGUCUGUUAUUGGAAGAAAUCAAGAGGUCAAUUGACAAUUCCAUUGCAUCUGAGCUCGAUUUAUUGAAGAAGGAGAAGAAGGAACCGAGAAGAAAGUACCAGCAACAAUCGGUUUUUAUUUUUCAGCGUCCAUAUCGAUCUAUUAUGUGCCAAUGCCUUGAGUAUUUGGUAUACCUCGUACGAUAGCUGUCCUAGAUCUACCGUAUCUUUUACUUCGUUUCUUCAGAAACAAUCACAAACAUUUUUUUAGUAUGGAGAAGAAAAUGCAUGAAAUAUGUAUGUCUCACCUUUAUGGAGCAAAUUAGCUAGUAAUUUGGAUUGAUUAAUCUCA